CCGGCUGGGAGCAGAGCCCCAGCCGGUAGCUCUCCUCCGAGAUGGCGGCGCUGUCAGUGUCUGGCGUUACCAGAAGAGGCCUGACGUGGAUAGUCUUAGGGGCACCACGCAGAGAAUUUUGGUCUCGAUUCAGAAAAGAGAAAAAGCUAGUGGUGGCUGAGACCGUAGAAGAAGUGAAGAAAGAGCCUGUUUUGGUGUGUCCACCCUUACGAAGCCGAACAUACAUACCACCUGAAGAUCUCCAGAGUCGUUUGGAAUCUUGUGUCAAAGAAAUUUUUGGUUCCUCUGUUGGUAAUAGUUGGCAGGAUGUGUCCCUGGAAGAUGACCUUCUGAAGUUCAGUUUCUUGGCACGUUUAGCUGAUGACUUGGGCCAUGCAGUGCCCAACUCCAGGCUUCACCAGAUGUGCAGGGUCAGAGAUGUUCUUGAUUUCUAUAAUGUGCCUAUUAGGGAUCAAUCUAAAUUUGAUGAACUUACUGCUAGUAAUCUGCCUCCCAAUGUAAAAAUCACUUGGGGUUACUAAGCAGAAGAGGAGCUCAUUAAGAUCAUUUUGUCCUGAGCAAGGGGGCUGGUUAUUAAUUAGACUUUUGAUACGUUACCAUGUGAAAUGCUAUCAGAACUGUUCUCUAAACCCACUUUUUUCUGUGGAAGGAUGAAUUAUCUCUUUUUCUCAUCAUGAAUUAACAAGAUUUUCUUUUUUCACGUUUGCUGGAACUUUGUUUUUUUAAUGGAAUCAAGUCUUUAAUCAUGUAUGAAAAUUUCCUUCUUUGGAGGACACUGUAAUUAAACUUGGGUUUAAGAUACAAGGCUAUUAUAUGUUCACACAUGGUCUUUAUUUUUUACGCAUAAAUUAGUAGAUGCAAAAACAGGUUUUAAUCCUGUUAGGACUCUUAAACCUAAGGUGGUAUUAAUUAUGUAUAGUACAUAUACAAAUGAGGAAACGUAGAUAUGUAUAAAAGAAAUGUAAAAAUCUCUGUUGUAUAUUACAGCAAGUUGUUUCUUUCAUUGCUUUACUACAAGAGUAAAAAUAGUAGAAAAUGAUACUGUUCAUUCUAGAUUAAUCUCUUUUGGAAUUAAAGUAAAUUUCUUGAA